AUGUUGGAUGCGAUUGAUUCGGCGAAGGACCGUGUGUGGAUGGAGAGUUAUAUCUUCGAUGGCUCCGCUGUUGCUGAGAAGUUCUAUCAGGCUUUGAUCAGAGCUAAGCAGCGAGGGGUUGAUGUGAUUCUUAUCUUGGAUGCUUGUGGAGGUAGCGCAUUUCGAAAGGAGUGGCUAGAGGGCCUCAGGUCCUUCGGUGUGCCCGUCGUAGUGUUCAACCCGAUGCUGCCGUUCCUGACGGAUACAAUUGGACCGCCGUGCUUUCGAGAUCAUCGCAAAAUAUUAGUCGCUGAUUCAAACAUCGUUGACGGUUUGAAUAUUUAUAACACACAAUGGAGAUUGCGUAAAGAGCUGCUUGUGAAGGCGCUGAAUAAGGAGGCUGGCAUCACCGUUGCAACUGGCAUGAUGUGGGGACUUUGCUGA